CGUGCUAAAACUGUUUUGCUUACAAGAGUGGAGGAAAUGGUUAAAAAUCAUUUAAAUGUCACAAUUGUUUGUUGGUUGAUUGAGGGAUGGACCCCAAAUGUCAUUCCAAAUGUCUGCAAAGGACUAAAGGAGAGGAGAAAUUAAUGAGGCAUGCAUUCUUAGGAGAGAAGAGAAGAGAAGCAACAGUACAGUACACACAGAGGAGAGGAGAGGAGAGGAGAGGAGAGAAGAGAAGAGAAGAGAAGAGAAGCAACAUGUCACCAUGUGGAUGUGGUUGUGCUUCUGAAUAGGAUAGGAUUUCAAUUUUAACAAACAAUGGUUUGGAUUGGUCGCAGAGUUGAAAUUUAUUAUUGUACUCGACUCUUGGUGAGCUUGUACAUUUUGAAUUCCAAUAACCCGACUACACCAACCUAAUCCCUAUAUUUAUUUGUCUAAAAUAAUUAGGUUUUGGAUUUCAGAAAAGGGAAACUUGUUUUAUUUGUAUUUUGGUUGUAUAAUGAAAUGGAAAUCCCAAAAUCAAGGGUCCGAGUAGGAGACAAGGGUUUUCCUUUGCCUAUUUAUUGGACAGAAGAAGAGAAAGACUGCAUUUAUGAAGGGUCUUCCUUUUCCGUCCUUGUUAGGUAAAACUCACUUAUUACCUCUCUAAAACCCUCCCCAGAUCACAACUAGAUCUUCUCCUCUUUGGGUUUUUGACAAGUGCCCAUCGUCCCCAUUUGCUCUGCUUUCUAUUCAAUUCCUUGGAAAAGGAACACAAUCCAGCAUCAAAUUCAAAUGGCGUCAGAGGCGUGUAAAGAGAAAACUUCCUCUGCGCUCCCCAAAAUGACAUCUUCUUCAGGCCUUCCGAUGUCAAGUCCACGGCAGCAGAGGAUGAGUUUGUUGGUGGCUCAAGCCACUCUAAGAAUCUCAGCCAUCGUCUUCACAUUAAUCGCAAUCUCUGUUAUCGUCACCAACACCCAAUCUGUCAUCGUUUUUGGGUUCAAGUUCGAAGCACAUUAUACCUACUCAACUGCCUUCAAGUUCUUGGUUGGUGCUAAUGCUGUGGUGUGUGCCUUCUCUGCACUGUCAUUGAUCUUCUUAUCCUUGUUCGUAAGCCGUUCAGUGCCACAACAGCAGCAGCAGCAGCAGCAGCAGCUCAAAAACUAUUUCUUUCUCUUGUUGCAUGAUGUGGUGAUGAUGGUGUUGAUAAUAUCUGGAUGUGCAGCUGCAACUGCAAUCGGUUACGUGGGGCGCUAUGGAGAGAAAAAAAUGACUUGGCAGCCUACAUGCGGCUAUGUCUCCAAGUACUGCAACAGAAUGUCCAUCUCUCUUGCCUUCUCCUAUUUGGCCUUCUUUGCCUACUUGCUUCUCACUUUCACAUCUGCCCUCACUCUCGUGUCUCGCCCUACUACUCAAUGAAUUUCAAUACAUCAUCAUCGUCAGAAAAAAAAACACAAGAAAUCUCAGAUCAGUAAGAAAUUUCCCAUUUUGUUCUUAGCAUUUGGGAAAUAUGCAGACAGAGUGAUAAUGCUUGCUUGCACAAUUUGAUUUGUUUUUGGCUAAUGAGAAAGAAAAAAAAAACUACGAGUAUGGCCUCUGUAGAAGUUAUGGUUAAUGAAUGGUUGGAUUUUAUAUAUCGUAGUUGAUUA